CUCAAUUUACUAUCAUCACAGUCUUCACUGAUAAAGCAUCAAUGUCCUACCAUGUUUAUAAGAUCUAGGUAAAAAACGUUAUAACUUUUAUUAACUAAAAAAUUGACUCCAGUUAUUUAUUUGUUUAACAUUAUUAUUUUCUAUAAGCUUUUAUAAAAUUGUUCUAUUUUGUAUUAAUAGUACGUAAUUAACAUGUGCUACCAUAGUUUCGAAUGUUUUUAAUUCAAAACAAAUUCUUUCAUUACUUUUAAGUCUACUUUAAAGUGUAUUUAUAUGAUAGAUUUGAAACUGAAUACCACAAAUCUUAAAAGAGAUAAAAAAUACAAUGAGCUUAAAAAGAAGUAACAGUUAUUCUGACAUAACUGGUAAUGCAACAUUACAGUGCUUGGCUAGUGGCAUUAACUAUCCUAUUGGAGAGACUGAGUUUGUUAUUGGACGUUCCCUUGCCUGUUCACUUGUAAUUGAAGAUAAAUCUAUUUCACGACGACAUUGUUUUAUAAAUAAAUCCAAUGGCCAAUAUCUUAUUUCUCACAAUGGAACAGGUAAUGAAACUUAUGUAAAUUGUGUGCAAAUUCCUAAUAACCAAAAUGAUUAUCAAGUUUUAAAUCAUGGAGAUGUUAUUUCCUUUGCAGAUGGGAGUGGAAGUUAUAAAUAUCUGUACAGAUUUGUUUUACAAACAAAUACAGAUGAAAUAAUGAAGCAUAUGGUGAAGAAUAUGAAUCUAGUAAAAGUCAAUCUUAUGUUGACAAUAUUCUGAAAAGUGAAAAAUCAUUAAUGAAGCGUUUUCUAACUGCUAAAUUAGAUAAAUUUAAUGAAAUAAUUAAUCAAGAAUCAAAAAAAGUUAAAAAAUUGAAAAAAAAACAAUUCUAAAAUUAAUUUUUUUGUUUGAAUUUUUUUUCUGGAUCAAAUAUCAAAAAUUGAAGAAACAAUCAAAGAAAAAGUUUAUAGUGUUCUAAAAAGUGAUUUUCAAUGUCCAAUUUGUAA